CAAAACAUGGAUGCGAGUGGUAUUCAAGAAAGACCACGAAAUCCCAGACAGAAUGCGUCAAUUCUGUCAAUUAUAACGUUUGCAUUCACCUUUCCAUUUUUCAAAAAAAGUAUCAGAAAAGACUUGGAAGAGCAUGACGUAUAUGAAAAUCUGACGAAUUUUUCCUCCAAGAAACUGGGAGAAGAGCUAUUAGCAUGUUAUCACAGAAAUCCAAAAAAUCCUUCCAUCUUUAGAACACUCUUGAGAUGUUAUGCCAAGAGAUAUUUACUUUUUGGACUGAUGCAUCUGAUCGUCAAAAUGACUUUGACGCUUGUCCAGCCAAGAGCAAUGAGCAAAUUCAUCGCUUACUUUCAAUUGGGACAAUCAAGCAUAUCGAAGACAGAAAUGUAUCUUUACGCAGUUUUGCUGAUUUUCAUCAACUUUGCUAAUGCACUGUACACCACCAACUAUACUCAAUUCGUUAUAGAAGAGGGAAUCAAGAUGAGGACAGCUCUGACAGCCAUGUUAUAUAGAAAGACUCUGAAUGUAGGAUCUGACCAAUUGUCAGAAGGGGCCAUGGGAAAAGUCGUUACUCUCAUCAGUAAAGAUGUAUUUGUUUUCGAACAGGCUGUUGUUUACAUCAAUGAAAUGUGGAUCCAUUUCAUAGAGGUCGCUGUUUUGUGUUGUUUGAUCUACGGUCGCAUAGGAUUCUCAGUAUUUUCGGGAGUGAUUUUUUUGCUCAUCAUGACUCUUUUACAAUGUUAUAUAGGGAGAAAGUCUAGUUUGAUGAGAAGAAAAUCUGCCAAGUCUACAGACGAACGUAUCCAAAUCACCACGGAAACAUUAUCUGCAAUCAAAAUAAUCAAAUUAUAUUGCUGGGAAAAAUUUUUUGGGAAGAAGAUCAAUAUUCUGAGGGAAAAGGAACUGAAACAUCUGGCUCCAAUCUACUAUUUGCAAUGUAUCGUCAUCAUUAUGAGCGGAACAGCGUCAACAAUAUCAUUUUUGCUUAUACUAAUAACCUAUAUUUGGAAUGGAAAUUUCAUGGACACGGAAACUUUGUAUUACGUUGACAACUGUUUCUUUCCGGUGAAAAUGUACUUUCUCACAGUCGUUCCCUAUUUUAUUCAUCAGUCAGCAGAUGUACACGCCGCAAUCAAGAGAAUAUCAGCAUUUCUCAGUAAGGAGGAAGUGCACUCUAGACCUUUGCUAUCAGCACAACCUGGAGUGUAUCUAAACAAUGUAACGGUACAGGUGAAUGGUACUAAAAUCCUAGAUAAAGUGUCCUUAUCCGUCGAAAAAGGACUUUAUUUGAUAACAGGGGGUGUCGGAAGUGGCAAAACGUCUCUACUGAAAACUAUUUUGGGAGACUGCUCCAUAAUAAGUGGACAGAUCAAUGUCUCUGGAAGUUACUCAUAUGCUGCAGAGGAUCCUUGGGUUUUCCCUUCGACAAUUAGACAGAAUAUCCUCUUCGGCCAAGAGUACGAAAUAAAACGGUACAACAAAGUGCUUUCCGUUUGCGAAUUGGAAGUUGAUCUGGGGAACUUUCCAGAUGGAGAUCAGACACCUGUAGGAGAAAAGGGGGUAAGCCUCAGCAAAGGGCAGCAGGCUAGAAUUAGCUUAGCGAGGGCUGUCUACAAGGACAGCGACAUCUAUCUCAUCGACGAUUGUUUGACUCAUCUAGAUCCUACCGUCAAUACGCACAUUUUCAAGAGUUGCAUCAUGGAAUUCCUCAAAUAUAAAACCGUGCUAUUUGUGACUCAUAAUAUGGAACAUAUCAAGUUGGUACGUGGCCGUAAUGUUCUUUUCAUGAAAGAUGGAAGAUCUGAGAAAGAAAUACCACCGAUAUUCCAAAAUAGCGUCCCUGCUGAUGAUUCAACAAAGCCCAUGGACGAAUUGAUUUCUAACGGGAAAGAAAUCACAGAGAAAGACGUUUACGAAGAAGGCGAUGAAAAGACUCCGCUCUUGAUUCCAAAAAUCAAUAAGAAAAACAUCUAUCAUGAAACCAAGAAAAAUGGAAAUGUGGCUUUCUCGGUGUAUCUAAGAUAUUACAGAUUUGCUGGAGGUAUUUUCAUGGUAAUUACAUUGCUGCUAGUAUUCUCUCUCGCUCAAGUUGCAGCUUCUUAUUGCGAAAAACUCCUGAGUCAGUGGGUAAAUAUGGAACCAAGUGUGACACGCUUCAUCAAAGCCAAUUUGACGGAUUCCUCAGAAUAUUCUGAAACGUUGGAAACACGCAAUAACUAUCUGAGAUUAUUCUCCAUUAUCCAAGUGGUAGCUCUUGUCCUCGUUUUCUCCAGAACGUACAUGACUUUUUUCUUCUCUCUGAGGGCGUCGAAGAACUUACACAAAUCGUUGAACAAGUCGGUGUUGAAUUCGUUUAUGACAUUUUUUGACGGCCAUUAUAUCGGAAAUAUAAUCAACAGAUUCUCCAAAGAUCUGAGCACAGUUGAUGAAGUGAUACCAAUGACGAUUUAUGAAGUAUUGAGGAGUACUCUUCAGAUGAUUGCAGUAGUUGUAAUGACAGCAAGUGUUAGUAGGAUUUUUCUGCUACCAGCAGGAUUCCUUCUGGUUGUGUUGAGCAUAUUCCAGUGGUAUUAUCUGAAGGCAGGAAGAAGCAUCAAGAGAUUAGAUUCUUCAACAAGGAGUCCCAUGAUUGGUCACCUAAAUGCCACGCUUGAUGGUAUCACUACAGUACGAGCUUUCGGAAACCAGUCAAUCCUGACGGAAGAAUUUGAUAAACAUCAGGAUCAUUUCACAUCGGCUAAUUAUUCGAUGAAUUCAAUGAUGAGAGCGUUAGGUCUAUAUGCAUCCUUGAUCAGCUCCAUAUUCCCGAUUUUUGUGAUAAUCAAAUUUGCUUUUUUCAGCAGAGGUACAAAGGCCGGAGAUGUUGGAAUGGCGAUUAACCUAGCAUUUGGAAUGGCAUCACUUAUUCAGUGGUCACUGAGAAAAUACGCUGAUCUUGAAAACAAUAUGACAGCCACAGAGAGAAUUCUUGAAUACACAGACAUAGCAAGGGAAUCUUUAGAUGGUGGAAAUAUUAAAGAAAACUGGCCGAGCGAAGGUUCAAUUGAGUAUCGGGACCUGUCACUCACCUACAGCCUAACGAAUCAACAUGUCUUGAAGUCUAUGAGUUUCGUUGUCCAGCCCAAAGAGAGAAUUGGCAUUGUUGGUAGAACGGGGGCGGGAAAGUCUUCAAUUAUUUCAAGUUUAUUCAGACUGUAUCAGACAGAGGGCAGUAUUGUUGUAGAUGGUGUGGAUAUCAAAACACUGUCUUUGGAGUUCUUGAGGUCAAACAUUUCUAUAAUACCACAGGAUCCAAUUUUAUUCUCAGGUGUCCUGCGUUCAAACAUAGAUCCUGCUGAAGAAUAUUCCGACGAGUCCAUCUGGAAAGCUCUGAACGCAGUGGGUGCCACUCACUUCGUCAAAAAUUUGGGUGAGAGAAUCACAGAGAACGGUCUCAACUACAGUUUUGGUCAAAAGCAGCUCAUAUGUCUAGCGAGAGCCCUGAUCAGGAAAAAUAAAAUCAUCGUUUUAGAUGAAGCGACCGCCAGUGUGGAUUCAGAGACGUGUCGAAAUGUUCAAGCCGCGAUCAGGAGAGAAUUUGCUGACUGCACCAUUUUGAGUAUUGCCCACAGGUUGAAUACCGUUAUGGAUUCAGAUCGGAUCAUGGUUGUAGAUGAAGGAAUGGUGAUAGAAUUCGAUUCGCCAGAUGUUUUGUUGGAGAAUGAAAAUGGUGUUUUUCAUAGUAUGGUAAAAGAGGCAGGACUUCUGGAAAACUAAGGAAACUACGAUUUGAAGUACAUCAUUAUUUCAUACUGCUACUGUCGAUUAAAUUUUCUGUUUUUCCA